AUGAAGGGCGGCCCCAAACAGCCCAUCUACAUCGACGAUGAUGACGAAGACGAGAGUAUGUCAGGGCUGUUCACUCGGCCUCGACAGACUCCAGGUAAAGACAACGUCAAGAUCAUCAAAGACGAGAGCGAUGAAGAGAAGAAGAACUUCAAUACAAAAAGAUUGAGGCCUCAAAAUGAUCAGGCCUUUACAGUCAAUCAGUUCUGUGAGACGAUUGUUGUUCAUCCUGACCCUAAUGAGGAAUCGGAUUCCGAGGGUGAGGACGAUACAUAUUCCGUACACGAACGGGAUUCAGAUUACCACGACUCGGACGAUUCGGAUGACUCAGACGACUCAGACGAUUCGGAAGCUCAAGGGAAGAAAGCCAAGUCGAAACAAGGUGCUUGUGAUGCCUCAGCACUCAAGAAGUCGAUCAGGAAAUGCGAAAUUCUAAGAAACGAUCUGUUCUACAGGCAGCAAAAGGGGGAAAAGCUGACCACUCAGGAGGUCCAGAAAAUGGAGACACUUGAUGCAAAGAUCGCCAAGUCGAAGAAAGCACUUGCGUUUAUUAUGAAGAAUUCAAGAGAGCCCCCGGCUAGGACGGCUCGAGAAUACUGGCAGCGCCAUCUGAAAAGAAAACAAGAAAAAGAGGACAGAAAGCGGAAACGUGCCGGUGAUGACACAACUGCAAACAAACUUCAGAAGACAGCCAUGCAAUCAGGGCCUUUUGGUGGGGUAGGAAAUCCUGGUUUCUCAACAGCAGCUGCGUUGUUCACCUCAAACAGGGCUCAGGAAGAUGACGACAACAACAGUGAGCCAGCGAACAAGAUCCAGGCCACGACCCAUGAGGCUCAGAUGAGGCAGAUCAUAGCUGGCAUCCCAGAGGGCAAUGACACCCGGCACACCAAGACGCAAGAACGUGAUCUCAUCAAAGCUAAAAAAUGCUUUGGGUAUAAGAAGAUCAAGGCCAUCGACGGGAAAUGGAAGCUCAAAGGGAUGGAAACCCCUUUACAUAGCCAGCAACUCGUGGGUGCCACCUGGAUGGUCAUGCGCGAAGCCAUGGAGUUGCAUCCAGCGGGAGGUAUCCUAGCUGACGAGAUGGGCCUGGGAAAGACUAUCACUGCUCUAGCAACAAUGAUUGGCCAUCCAGCCGAGAAGGAAGACAGAGAGGAUGGUUAUGGCAGGGCAACUUUGGUGAUUGCCGACAGUCCCCAUUCUGCCUCAAGGACCUGGAUGGAUCAAAUCAAGAUGCAUACCUCAAAAAGGUUUGCUAAAAGGUGCUGGAUCUACUCCAAGGAACUUCACAAAGAACCAAAAUGGUUGAGUACGAAGAAUGUGGUGGUCACCCACUUAAAUCAACUACGUGCACAGUUUCCUAGCAAAAGUCAAUACCAAUUGCUGAAGGCCAAGUGGGCUGGAGACGAGAGUGGGUUUCAGCAAGCCCUUUCAAAGAGGCUCGGUCCACUCUUCAAGGUCAACUGGUAUCGAAUCGUUCUGGAUGAGGCUCAUGGUAUCAAGAAUCAUACCUCAAGUGGUGCUCUCGCAAUCUGGCGACUGAACGCCAAGUAUCGUUGGGCUUUGACUGGCACGCCCCUUGCCAACAGACUGGAAGAGUUCUACCCCUACUUGAAGUUCAUUGGUUGCGACUUUGCAACUACAAUGAGAAGAUACAAAGCUCAGUACAUCAAGAGCGACCAGGCAGCUGCAAACUUCGAUCAACUGGUGGGCCUUGUCAUGAUGAGACGACUGCAGGCUGAGAAAUUCCUGGGACGCACCAUGGUGCCCCUGCCCAAAAGCCAUCGCAGUGACAUUUGGAUCCCCUUUUCGAGCUGGGAGAAGAUUCAUUUGGAGGUCGUGGACGGUGCAUACCAAGAGAAGCUUCUCAAUGUCCAGAAUGAAAACCACGAGACUGAAGAAGAGCAACAAGAGCAGGACGAUCCGGAGAGUGAAGACGUACCCGACGGCGAGAGCGAAGCCGACUUCGAAGGCGAUGAGAACGAAGGCUCCACGGCUCUAGACGCGUACAGAAUUCUGAGUCUGAGAUGCAUGAGGAUCCUACAACUGACGUCCCACCCUCUCAACCUCGAAAGUUUCUAUCGAAACGAAGACCAUCAGGCAUACAUUGGCCUGACCAUCAAGCGACUGAAAUCUGAAAUUACUUAG